GUACUUAGCCCUUGGAGGUCUGGCCCUGGGAGGUUGGCUGCCAAGCAGCGGGUCUGAGCGCAGGCGGCGGAGCUAUGGCAGCGGCGUUGCUGAGGCGCGGGGGCCGGGCGCUACAAGGCUUCUGGAGGUCCCAGCACAGCAAGACUGAGCCCAAGCCGGAGGCGCUGUCGGGUUUUAACUUUGAGCUCACUGAGCAGCAGAAGAAAUUCCAAGACACAGCUCGAAAGUUCGCCAGAGAAGAGAUUAUGCCCGUGGCGGCUGAGUACGACAGAACUGGCGAGUACCCUGUUCCCCUUAUAAAAAGGGCUUGGGAGCUCGGGCUGAUGAACGUGCACAUUCCAGAGAGUUGUGGUGGCCUUGGCCUUGGGAGCUUCGAUGCUUGCCUGAUUACUGAAGAAUUGGCAUAUGGGUGCACGGGCCUUCAGACUGCCAUCGAAGGGAAUUCUUUGGGACAAAUGCCUGUUAUCAUCGCGGGAAAUGAACAGCAACGAAAGAAGUAUCUGGGGAGGAUGACGGAGCAGCCACUGAUGUGUGCUUACUGUGUAACCGAACCUGGAGCAGGCUCUGAUGUGGCUGGUUUACAGACCAGAGCAGAGAAGAAAGGCAAUGAGUAUGUUAUUAAUGGUCAAAAGAUGUGGAUAACCAACGGAGGAAAAGCCAACUGGUAUUUUCUUUUGGCUCGGACUGACUCUGAUCCCAAGGCCCCUGCCAGCAAAGCCUUCACUGGAUUUAUUGUAGAGGCAGACACCCCGGGAGUCCAGAUCGGAAGAAAGGAGAUAAACAUGGGCCAGCGCUGCUCAGACACCAGGGGGAUUGUCUUUGAAAAUGUGAUUGUGCCCAAAGAGAAUGUCCUCCUUGGGGAGGGCGCCGGCUUCAAAAUUGCAAUGGGCGCUUUCGACAGAACCAGACCUCUGGUUGCCGCCGGUGCCGUUGGGCUCGCACAGAGAGCUUUGGACGAAGCUACCAAGUAUGCCUUGGAGAGGAAGACCUUUGGAAGGCACCUUGUCGAGCACCAGGCAGUGUCCUUUCUGCUGGCUGAAAUGGCCAUGAAGGUGGAACUAGCCAGAAUGGCUUACCAACGAGCCGCAUGGGAAGUUGAUAUGGGGCGCCGCAAUACCUACCACGCCUCCAUUGCCAAGGCAUUUUCCGGCGACAUUGCCAACCAGGUGGCUAGUGACGCUGUGCAGAUUUUUGGAGGCAGUGGAUUUAAUAGUGAAUACCCAGUAGAAAAACUAAUGAGAGAUGCCAAAAUUUACCAGAUUUACGAAGGGACCGCUCAGAUCCAGAGGCUGAUCAUAGCUCGUGAGCACAUCGGCAAGUACAAGAAGUAACUGAGAAGCGCUCCCUGGCCCGCAGCCCUCGGCUGCGCGCCUGCCCAGGAGAAGACGGCAAAGGGAGGACGCUUGGAUGGAUCAGCUGGUGAAAUGAAGACAAUUAGAAAUGAGUAAGACAUUACGAUGGUAGUUUUACACUCUGUUUAACAUCAUUAAAAUACUUGUGUAUUCUUCAACAGCACUUGUACUGGAAUCAUAAAGCAUCAAGAAAAAGAGUUGAUUAUGUGGAAAUGGUCAUUUUAAAAACCACAAUACCAAAAGCUUGUGGGGUUUCUAGCAGUAGACUUUGAAACAAGGGAAGGGGAUCUCCCAGCAUUAGGGCUUCUCACCUUCUUUUGGCCCAUUUCUCAGGCAGCAAGGCUUACGCUGCUCCCUGAGAUGCCUAAUUGUGACAUUCAGAGGUGCAGUCUUUUUACCUAAGAUUGGCAAAGCAGGCAGUGUGAUUGCCCGAUCCUAGCAUAUAAUUGGUCAGUGUCCGUUCAACACCUUCCAGCCUCCCCAGGAACCCAUUGUUUGUCUGUUAGGCUGUGAUUGGAAUGGGGCCGCCCAUCAGCCCUGGGCAUGGGAAUUCUGUCGAUGGCACCCCGAGCGCCAGUCCCUAGAAGCAGGAGGAAAUCUGGCGCAGUGCCCAACCAAUGCCUUUUUUGGGAGGGAACAGGGUAAAGAAAUCUACAUAUGAGACUACGUUGGUCUCCUGAUGACUUCUGUGCAGUCUUUAUUUGCACAUACUUUUAUAGGGAACAGUUGAUGGUGUAUUAAUACUCUAGGCAUAUUUUCUGACCUUAAUUCAUGAGUUAUGUGCUCACUGGGAGAGAAGUUGAUUUGUGACUGCAUUUGUUCUGAUUUUAAAUUUAAUAAGCAUAUCUGUAAAAGAUACAGCCCAUUUUAUUUAUUAAACUGUCCUGCUAGA